UUUUAUGUAUAGAAAUUAAUAAAGUCGAAGAACCCUAAUCCAAAAAGUAGCCCUUUGAUACCGAAGCCAACCGUAUUCAUCACUCCAGAAAACCCUCUGUGCCGCCGUCGCAAAUGGAGGUUAAUUUCACCUCAAAAUUUGGUGGGUAACACCCAAAUCCUCCACUGAGUAGCUAGAUUGAUUUACCGAUUCAAACAAAGUAAGCUACAAAAGAGAGAUAUAUAUAUAUAUAUAUAGCAAAAGCAAAGCAAGCUCAAAGUCCACUGUCUCCCUCUCUCUCUCUCACCUAGCUUCCACUAAUCCUUCUCUUUUCUUGAAUUAUUACACCAUUUAUUGUAUUGCAAUCAAGAUCAAUUUCCUACUCACAUAUUUUAAAAUCCAACAAAUCUCGUCGAAAAAAAAAUCGGUAGUGUAUUGAAUGGAGGGGCAUCAACUACCACCAGCAUUCCACACGAGGGAUUUCAACCUGCAACAGCAAUUCCACCGCCACGGCGAAGACGAGCAGAGCGAGACAAGCAGCCUAAAGCGCGGCCAUGACGAGGGCGGCGGGGAGGGAGAGAUGUCCGUCAACCGGAGGCCGAGGGGCCGCCCCGCCGGCUCCAAGAACAAGCCGAAGCCGCCGAUCAUCAUCACGCGCGACAGCGCCAACGCCCUCCGCACCCACGUCAUGGAGAUCUCCGACGGCUGCGAUGUCAUGGACGCCAUCACCAGCUUCGCCCGCCGCCGCCAGCGGGGCGUCUGCGUCAUGAGCGGCACCGGCAGUGUCACUAAUGUAACCCUAAGGCAGCCGGCGGCGCCGGGGGCGGUCAUGACCCUGCACGGCAGGUUCGAGAUCUUGUCGCUGUCGGGGUCGUUCCUCCCCCCGCCGGCCCCGCCCGCGGCCACCGGGCUGACUAUAUACCUCGGCGGCGGGCAGGGGCAGGUGCUGGGGGGCAGCGUGGUCGGGCAGCUCCUCGCGUCGGGGCCCGUCAUCGUAAUGGCCGCUUCGUUUAGCAAUGCCGCGUUCGAGAGGCUGCCGCUUGAGGAAGAUGAGAAUGCGGCGGUUCAAGUUCAGGGCGGAUCGCCGCCGCCGCUGCCGCCGCAAAAUCAGCAGCAGCAGCUCAUGGGCGACCCGUCUUUGCUGCAAGGGAUGCCGCCUAAUCUUUUUAAUCAGAUGCAAAACGAGGCGUUUUGGGCAACCGGUAGGCCGCCAUUCUAGCUCCAUAUAUCUUAUUUCUCAACUUCAUACAAAGCUUCUGCUCCCAUUAAUUCACUUGCUUUUAAUACUAUCAGAUUAUCAACAUUUUCAGCUUAAAUACUAGAAGGAUUAAUUUAUCGUUGUUUUCUUAUUGAUUUGGUGUAAGUUUUGGUCUUUUUUUACAACGGUAAUCUAUCUUACUGCCCCCGAUUUCAAUGU